AUACAUACAAACCAGUACAAAUACAUAUAUACAUACAGAAAUAUAUAACAAGGAAAUGCAAUACAAUAACGGUAACGUGCACAGUCCGCUAGUGUCCAACUAGAGCAGCUGCGUACUGUAAUUCCCUACUAAGAACCCCAAUUGGCAUCCCAACUAGAGCAAUUGAAAGCAACUACUUGAAAGUGUCGCUGCAAUAGAACAACGCGGUCAACUAGUCAAGCUGCGUGCUGUAAUCCAUGCAACAACCAAUUGCAACUACAAACUGGACCAAUUGGCACUAACAACAGCAAAAUCAACAACAACAACGUACAGUUAUUUAAAGUGUCGCUGCCGCUGCCGCAGCCGCAGUUGACGUCUCGGUGUGAAAAGAGGUCAAAGGCGCAACAAAAGUUUUUCAUUUCGUUGGUAACGCAAAAAGCAACAACAACAACAAGAACACCAACAACGAAAUUGUGCCCAAGCAGCUGAGCGCAAAAUACAAAAUAAAAAACGUCGUAGUUGUGCGUUAAAACAAUAAACGCGCGCGUAUGCGUGUGUGUGUGCGAGUGUGCCCCUCUAUAUAUGUGUACGUGUUUGUGUGAGUGAGCAAACAACAACAAAAAUCACAAAUAGAAGAAGAAGCAACAGCAGCACAAAAAUCUUGCGCGCGCGGCCAUUAACAAAAAUUCCCAACUGGAAUAGCAGCAGCAGCAGCGCUCAAAACUCAAAUUAGAAAUCAAUUUUCAAGCAGAACGCAAAAUAAAAUCUGGUUUUAUCAGUCGACGCGCACAACAAAUAUAUAAAAACGGCUGACAAGUUUUUUAGCGUGAAGAAGAAGACGCAGUAGAACAAAAAAAAACUUUGAGCUUAGAGCAAACAAAACAGCAGCUGGAAACGUAGAAAAAAGCGCCAAAAAAUACAUCUAUAAUAUUUACACGCAUUAAUACACGCAUAUACAUACAUAUAUAUAUAUAUAUAUACACAUAUAUAUUUAUAUAUACAGCCAUAACAGAGCCAUCAUAGUUUAAUACACACUUAUUUUAAUUAAGAAACUACAACAACAAUAACAAUAACCCAACGACAAAAUUAUUAAAUUUGCCAAUCGGCCACCAAUUGGAGUUGCCAGCUAGUUGGCAUAGUGAGAGAGUGUGAGAGAAUUGCCGCUCGAGAGAGCGACUGCUGCUGCUACACCACACAUAACAGAGGCAGCGUGCGAGCGUGAGCGAGAGCAACUGAUUUUGUUUUCAUAGCGCGCGCUUGACAAAAAGUAAGCACAGGCGCAGGCCAAGGACAGCAGAAGGAAACAGCGACAGCAGCAGUAGCAGCAGCAGAGAGAAGCCAUGGCAAAUCCGCGUAAGUUUAGCGAGAAGAUUGCGCUGCAGAAGCAGAAGCAGGCCGAGGGCACAGCGGAAUUUGAGCGGAUUAUGAAGGAGGUGUAUGCCACCAAAAUGGAUGAGACGCAGGUGAAUCAAAAGAUAUUGGAGUGCUGUCUGGGCGGGCCAGAGAGUGGCGGCUCGAGCAAUGCAUCGCCAGGUGGCAAUGCGGGCAAUGGCACGGGCAGCGGCAAUGGCAGCGGGGCCAGCGGCGGUGCCUCGCCAGAUGGCAUAGCCGGUGCGGGAGGGGGCGGAGGUGGUGGUGGAGGUGGAGGUGGAGGUGGAGGUGGAGGUGGAGGUGGUGGAGGCUCACCCACUGCGUAUCGUGAAUCGCGCGGCCGGAGCAUGGGCGUUGGUCCACUGCGACGGCAAUCGGAACGUAAGCAGGAUCGUUCGCCCUAUGGCAGCAGCUCGACGGCGCUGAUCAAUGCCAUGGGCUUGCCCAACGUCAGCGGCAGCAGCAACAACAGCAACCCUAGCAGCGGCAGUGCCACUGGCAAUGGCAACAACAACAACAACAACAACAACAAUGGCACACAACAGAACCUCUAUUUGAGUCCGCCCAUGGACACAAAUUGGCGUCGCUCCAAUUCAGAUUCGGCGCUGCAUCAGAGCCUCAACAUGGCAAUGGCAGCAGAAGGUGGCUUUGGCAACGACAUGAACACGCUGCACGCCAACUAUGCACAGCAGCAACAGCAACAGCAGCAGCAGCAGCAACAGUCGCCGCAUGGCCAACGAUCUCAUUCGCCGCAUCAAAUUGGACGCAGCUUCAGUCCGCAGGCGCAGAGGAGAAAGACGCCGCUGUUGCAGCCGCAUCAGCUGCAGCUGCAACAGUUGCAGCAGCAUCAGCACAACAUGCAACAGCUGCACAUGCAUCAACAGCAACAGCCGCAACAACAACAACAGCAGCAGCAACAGCAACAACAGCAGCAACAGCAACAGUUGCAUCCGCCAUAUAACGCCAAAUUCGCCAACUCUUUGUUCAGGCCAUUGCAGGAGCAGGCCAGCUAUGCCAAUACCGGCUCCCUGCCAAAUCUCACAGCACUGCAGCAUUACGCAACACCACAGCAACAGCAGCAGCAGCAGCAGCAGCAACAACAGCAGCAACAGCAGCAGCAGCAACAGUUGCAACAAACACUUUCGCCUGUCAUGUCGCCGCACAAUCAACGACGCGAACGGGAUCAGUCGCCCAGUCCGUUUAGUCCCGCUGGGCCGCCAUCGCCGUACCAUCAGCAACAGCAUUCGCCAACGUCAGCCGCCGUCGUCGCCCAGCCGCCAAACAACAGCAGCAGCAGCAACAGCUGUUCGCCUCACCUAUCGUUCAGUCGCCUGGGCGACAACAAUGGCAGCGCCACUGUUGCUGGCAACUUAACCGACUAUCGCCAGCCAGCCAAUCCGUCUAGUCCACGCUCCUCGCCAGGUCUGCUUAGCAGUGUCUCGGGCAGCGAGCUGCAUACCAGCGCGCCGGCCAGCCCCAUACGUGUGCAACACCAGCCGCAGCAGCAGCAGCAACAACAACAGCAGCAGCAGCAACAACUGCAGCAGCAACAGCAGCAACAGCUGGCGGGCGGCUUUGAUGCGGCCUACAAUAGUCUGAAUCCCUCGUUUCACAAUCAUUUUGAGAACUUCUCGCUGGGCGACAGCAACUCGUCGCCGGAGCAGCAAAGUUUCGCCAACAACUUUGUUGCCCUCGAUUUUGAUGACUUUACGGCAAAUGCUGCUGCUGCGGGGACAACAUCGGUGAAUGGCUUCAAUCAGCAGGAGCAGGCGCAAAAUAAGCUGAUCGACUUCAAUGAGCUGAGCGGCAGUCCCGAGGCCAGCGCCAACAACAACAAUCUGCGACGCAUCAGCAACCAGCAGCAGCAGCAGCAGCAACAGCAGCAGCAGCAGCAACAACUUCUCAACAACAACAGCAACGGCUCAGCCACGCAUAAUGGUGGACCUAGCUUAAAUGGACCCGGCGUGGAUAGCCAGCACCACAACAACAACAGCAACGGUGUUGGUGGCGUGGUUGAGCCGCUGGUCGCGUCGCCAGUGCCAUCGCCUGGACUGGGCUGUCCGAGCUCUCCGCUGCCCAUACCGAUGUCGACGCAGGCGCCAUCACCGCAGCAACAAUUGUCGCUGUCGCUGCACCAAUCGCCGCACCACUCACCGAUGCAUUCGCCGCACCACUCGAACUCGCCGCUCUCGAGCAGCUCGCCAGUGGGCAAUGCCUGCAACUCCAACAUGAUUAUGAAUCAUCAGCAACAUCAGCAACACCUGCAGCAUCACCAACAACAGCAGCACCACCACCAGCAGCAGCAGCAACAGCAGCAAAGCCAUACGCCCACCACAGCCAAUAUACCCUCGAUAAUAUUUAGCGAUUACUCAUCGAAUACGGAUUUCAAUAGGAUUUUCGAUACGUUAGAUCUGGACCUGGGGCAAAUGGAUGUGGCUGGCCUGCAAAUAUUGUCCGAUCAGAAUCCUAUAAUGAUUGCCGAUCCCAGCAUCGAGGAUAGCUUUCGUCGCGACCUCAACUGAUACUAUGAGGAGGCUGUUGCGGCCAUCGAGAGCGGCGUGCUGCUUGAGGAUACAUAUGAUGCAUUGUUAGCCUCCAGCUCCAGCUCCGUCGAUGUGCAGCAGACAACAGCAGCAGCAGCAGAAGCCGCAGCAGCAGCAGCAGAAGCAGCAGCUAGCGAAAAGGAUAAAAAGGAUUUGGAGGUGAUUGAGCUACUUGUGCCGAGUGUUAUAGAUGAACUUGUUGACUCCAGCGAUUUGGAUGAGGAAGUGCGCAAGUUUUUCUUCUAAGUCAAAUCAAGCCAAGUUAACACGCACACACACAUCACACACACACAUACAGAUACACAUAAGCUAGUUGUAAGCGUUCGUCCAUGCUAGUCUUUUGUACACACUCCUCGUCCUGCCCGUCCCCCUUUUGUUAUGCUUCCCCAACAAACCCCGUCAUUCGUCUGUGCUUUGUGUAGCUAGCUAAUAACAAGAAAACCCCUAGACAUUAAGUGUACGACAGAAAGCCCUUUUAAACACUAGACCUCCACAAGAAACCCAAAAUUAACCCCAAGAACCCGCCCUUACCUAAUCUUAUAUAUAGAUAUAUAUGUUUUACAGCGAGUCUCAGAUUUUACUUAAAUACGCACAUAAGUCACGAAAAUACCUACUACAACUACUUACAAUAUAUAUAUAUAUAUA